GGAAGUUCCGGGAGGCCCUUUAAACCCGGCGGGUGUCCUGGGCCGGGCUCGGUCAGCUCGCGCCCCUAUUGCCAAACCCCGCGCGCUGUCGCGAGACUCGGGAGGGGGGGAACUUCCGGUUUUGGUCCGCCGGGGCAGUGUCGGCUCAGCGAUGCGGUCGCGCCUCCUGUGGGGUGCUGUGCGGUGUCUCUGGGCGCGCCCGGCCGUGGCCCCGGCCCGCCGGCACCGGAGCUGCGGGAGCCUGCCGGUGGAGGAGCUGUUCGCCCGCGGCGGGCCCUUGCGCACCUUCCUGGAGCGCCAGGCGGAGUCUCAAUCCCAGGUGCAGGCCCCCAGGGGGCCUGAGCUGCUGGCGGUGGCCAAACUGCUGAGCGAGAAGGAGCGGGAGCUGCGGGAGACCGAGCCCUUGCUGCACGAUGAAAAUGAAGACCUAAGGAAACUUGCAGAGAAUGAAAUAGCUUCCUGUCAAAAAGAAAUAGCUCAAUUGAAGCAUCAGAUUAUCUUACUUUUGGUUCCCUCAGAAGAAACAGAUGAAAAUGAUUUGAUCCUGGAGGUAACUGCAGGAGUUGGGGGUCAGGAGGCAAUGUUGUUUACUUCAGAGAUGUUUGAUAUGUAUCAGCAAUAUGCUGCUUUUAAAAGAUGGCAUUUUGAAACCCUGGAAUAUUUUCCAAGUGAAAUAGGUGGGCUUCGACAUGCAUCUGCCAGCAUUGGGGGUUCAGAGGCCUAUAAGCUCAUGAAGUUUGAAGGAGGUGUGCACAGAGUACAGAGAGUGCCAAAGACGGAGAAGCAAGGCCGCAUUCACACCAGCACCAUGACUGUGGCAAUAUUACCCCUACCCACUGAGAUUAAUCUAGUGAUUAAUCCUAAAGACUUGAGAAUUGAUACUAAGCGAGCCAGUGGAGCUGGGGGGCAGCAUGUAAAUACCACCGACAGUGCUGUCCGGAUAGUUCAUCUUCCAACGGGUGUUGUUUCUGAAUGCCAACAAGAGAGAUCUCAACUGAAAAAUAAAGAGAUGGCUAUGAAAAAGUUACGUGCAAAACUAUACAGCAUGCAGCUUGAAGAAGAAACAAAUAAAAGAUACAAUGCUAGAAAGAUUCAGAUUGGAAGUAAAGGAAGGUCAGAGAAAAUAAGGACAUACAAUUUUCCACAGAAUCGUGUCACAGAUCACAGAAUAAACACGUCACUUCAUGAUCUUGAAACGUUUAUGCAAGGAGAGUACCUACUGGAUGAACUUGUACAGUCAUUGAAAGACUAUGCGGAUUAUGAAUCGUUAGUAGAAGUUAUUUCCAAAAAACUUUAAAAUGAUUUGUUAUUGAAGAUUUUACAACUAAUGAAAAAUUUUACUACAGCAAAUCAGAUUGUGUGUAAUCAUCAAUAUUGUCUUGAAACAUGAGUUAACAGGAGCAAUAUACAUAUUUUUAAGAGUUUAUGUAAAUAAAUCUCUCAAAAUGUAUUAGUAAAAAUAUACAUACAAUAUAA